AUGGAGAAAUACGCAAAGAUUGAGAAGCUAGGAGAGGGUACAUAUGGUAUCGUCUACAAGGCAAAGAAUCGUGACACUGGAGAUAUUGUAGCUCUCAAACGGAUACGUUUGGACUCUGAAGACGAAGGAGUGCCCUGCACAGCAAUCAGAGAGAUAUCAUUGUUGAAGGAACUGAAGCAUCCAAACAUUGUCAGAUUGUACGAUGUAAUUCAUACAGAGAGGAAGUUGACAUUGGUAUUUGAAUACCUUGAUCAGGAUCUUAAGAAGUACAUGGAUGAGUGUGGCGGAGAGAUUGCCAAGCCAACGAUAAAGUCAUUCUUGUAUCAGUUGCUGCGAGGUGUGGCAUUCUGUCACGAGCACAGAGUGUUGCACAGAGAUCUCAAGCCACAGAAUCUGUUGAUUAAUAGGAAAGGCGAGUUGAAGCUGGCAGACUUUGGUCUGGCCAGAGCAUUUGGCAUUCCAGUGAGGACGUACUCGCACGAGGUCGUCACACUCUGGUACAGAGCACCGGAUGUAUUGAUGGGCUCCAGGAAGUACUCGACUCCAAUCGAUAUAUGGUCAGCAGGAUGUAUAUUUGCAGAGAUGGUCACUGGAAGACCAUUGUUCCCGGGCUCUGGAACAAGCGAUCAGUUGUUCAGAAUAUUUAAGAUUAUGGGCACACCCAACGAAGCGAUAUGGCCAACGAUCAAGGAGUUGCCAGAGUACAAGCCGGACUUCCCCGUGCAUCCACCUCACCCACUAUCAUCCAUCGUUCACGGAUUGGAUGCCAAUGGAUUGGACCUCCUUCAAAGGAUGCUCCAAUAUGAUCCAAGUCAAAGAAUUACCGCACAGGCAGCUCUAAAUCACAAGUACUUUGAAGGUGUAGAGUUACCUAAAUAA